AGGGAUACUGCCUGCUACAGCAGCAGAGCAGUAAAGUUGCUGCUGCUUCUUGACAGUGUGGCGCUGAACAUUGCAAGUGGUAGCGAGCAGAGGUUUCAGAGAAGCUGGCCCCAAGCCCCUCAGCCAUUGGGACACAGGGAAUUAGUGUAAUUGUGAGUCAUCAAAACACAAGGGGAGUUAAAAAGGGGGUGAAAGGCUGUUUGGAAUCUCCGGCAGAGUUCCCCAUCCCUGCAUGCAGAGAGGAGACUGCAGUGCUGUGCUGUGGGCUGGCUGUGAAUGUCCUUCCCAGAUGCUCAGCAACAGGAGAUGUGCAGCCUUCCAGGAGGUGGGCCCCAUGUCAGGGAAGAGCACGGUAUCAAGGUGAAAACCUCCCCUUUCCUUUUGAGCCUACAACAAGCUGGUGUUAAUAAGCCCAGAUCCUCAGCCUAGGGGACCAAGUGGCAAGACAACAAUUUUCCCAGAGGUUCAUAAACUUCUGAUCAACACGUCAAGACCAUGAAGCCUGCUAUAGAUGAGCAUCCUUCAGCUGGAAAAUCACAGAGAUGAUAGGGCAUCAUUACCACUGCCGAGGUUUCUACAAAGCCAGGUGCGAAAUAGAAUUGCAACACAGAGAAGGCCAGCAAAAGUGUCACCAACUUCCUUUUAGGAGGAAUCCAAAUUAAGACACUGGGGAUUUUUACAUUAUUCCCUUCAACUCUACAAACUGAGUCUUACGGUCUCCAAAAAGCAGGAAUGAUUUUGGCACUGCAGCUCCAUUUCUCCUGAGACAGUUAUCCUGGAAAGUAGGAGAGAUGUCCUCAUUGGUGCCCCUACUUUACACCAUACAGCUGAGACCCCUGCAUCCCAGGAAGAAUCCAAAGGAGGCCAGACUUGGAAAGGCUUCAAAAUUGGGGCUAUGUUGCUAAUUAGCUGCCAAAAGCCACCAGAAGAGCAGAAGCUUAGAGAGAAUUUUAUGGAUUUUCCAUUAUGUUUCUGGAUCGGUUGCUUAUCCUGGUUUUGUGUUUCUAAGGCAUUAUUAUUUUUGUUAUUAUUAAUCAUUAUAAUACCUUUUACCAACGGAGCUGGGAAAAUGUUGCCUGCAAAACCUUCAAAGAGUCGAUCUCAGCACUGUAAGCAGUAGAAAGUCGAGUGCAGCACAAGAGUUGGAUGAACUUAAUCUGCCAGCGACAAUGGUUUUCCUCCCUUUAAAUUCCUCUGACUGUUCAAAUUGCACCCAGACUGUGGGGAUAGUGAACAAUUUUAAGGCCAUAUUAUUAGGGGUUAUUUUAGGGGGGCUGAUUAUUUUUGGGGUGCUGGGUAAUAUUCUGGUUAUCCUCUCAGUAGCCUGCCACAGACACCUUCAGAGUGUCACCCAUUACUACAUAAUCAACCUGGCUGUUGCGGACUUCCUCUUAACUUCCACUGUCCUGCCUUUCUCAGCAAUCUUUGAGAUUUUGGGCUACUGGGUCUUUGGGAGGAUCUUCUGCAACAUCUGGGCAGCUGUCGAUGUCCUAUGCUGCACGGCAUCCAUCAUGAGCCUAUGUAUCAUCUCUAUAGACAGAUACAUUGGGGUGAGCUACCCACUGAGAUAUCCAGCUAUAGUGACAGAAAAGAGGGGACUCCUGGCUCUGCUAAGUGUCUGGGCUUUGUCUCUGGUGAUCUCCAUUGGACCGCUCUUUGGCUGGAAGGAGCCAGCUCCAGAAGAUGAGACCAUCUGUCAAAUCACUGAAGAGCCUGGCUACGUAUUGUUCUCUGCUUUUGGCUCCUUCUACCUCCCCUUGACCAUCAUCUUGGUGAUGUACUGUAGAGUGUAUGUGGUGGCCAAAAGGGAAAGCAAAGGCCUGACUUCUGGCUUGAAAACGGAGAAAUCUCAUUCUGAAGAGGUGACCCUCCGGAUCCAUCGCAAAAACACCUCGGUACGGAGCAGAUCUGCAUCCUGCACAAAGAACAAAACGCACUUCUCAGUGCGUCUCCUGAAGUUCUCCAGGGAAAAGAAAGCAGCCAAGACCCUGGGGAUAGUGGUGGGGUGCUUCAUACUGUGCUGGCUUCCUUUCUUUAUAGUCAUGCCUAUUGGCGUUUUCUUUCCUGCACUCAAGCCCUCAGACACGGUUUUUAAAAUAACGUUUUGGCUUGGGUAUUUGAACAGCUGCAUCAACCCGAUCAUCUACCCGUGCUCGAGUCAAGAGUUUAAAAAAGCAUUCCAAAAUGUCCUACGAGCCCAGUGUUUCACCAGAAAGCAAGCAGCCAACAAGCAUUCCCUUAGCUUCAAUCUGAACCAGCCAGCUAGCCCCAGUAUGGACGGUGCCAAGGAUGUUGUCCGUAUCCCUGUAGGAUCGGGGGAAACCUUCUAUAGGAUUUCCAAGUCCAAUGGGGUCUGCGAGUGGAAGAUUUUCUCCACCAUGCAAAGCAUGUCUACAAAAAGUGCAAUCUCUAAAGACAAGUCCAGCUGCGCCAGAGCCAAAGUGAAGAGCAAAGGUUUCCUCAGGACAUGCUGCUGUACUGGCACAUCAAGGAGCGUCGCUCGGGAGAACCUUAAAGUGCCAACCAUUAAAAUACACACUAUCUCCCUCGGUGAAAACGGGGAGGAUGUCUAAGGGAUCGAGAUCUCUAAUGGGACUGGGGAGGAGGAGGGGAAUCUUUACAUGCAACUGUUCAGCUCUGGCAACCCUGCUCUGCUGGCAUAGUUCUGCGAGCAGGAAGUUGUUCUUCUUAAUGGGAAGUAGGGAUGGAUGCUGAAGUAGGGGGAGUGGCCUGAAUCAAAGGAGUAGCAUGUCAUAACACAGUGUGGGUCAAAGCUUUUUAGAACUGAAGUCAUUGAGAGUUGUGGACUUGAUCCAAAGCCCAUUGAAGUCAAUGGGAAUCUUUCCAUUUAUUUUAAUGGCCAUUGAAGCCCCGAAGCACCUUUAAGCACCGGCCCCUUGAAAUGACUGUAACAUCAUUUCCCUACCAUUUAAAGGCUUUGAUUUUCACUGUCUCUUCUUUUUAAAGCUCCAGCGAUUCUGAUUUUGAAGUGCAAUCGGGUGGAGGGAGGGGGACAAGAACAUCUAAUGCAUCUUGCAAGAGAGAAUUAUAAAUAUACCAUGAUGGUUUCAGCAUGGGUACAUUCGGAGAGCUCUAACUUUAGAGCCACUUCAUGAUAUAAACUUUUUUUUUAGUGGUUGGACCCGUUGACCCAACAGCAACAGAAGUUAAGGGAAAGGGGGAAAGAAAGCAUUCAUUGGAAUGUUAUGUAUCUCUGAAUGGUCUCAGUUAAGGGAGUUCUGACAUGAAGACUUUUCAACUUCCGAUCACCUCUGCUGCUCAAUUAUGGUCCAGUCCUUAGAGACAGUGAGCACAGUAGAUUCCUGCUGACGCAAAUAGGGAUUUGACAACACAUUGGGUCAGAUCCAUAGUUGGUGCAGAUCAGUGUAGUUCUGUUGACUUCAGUGCCAAUGGAACUACGUUGAUCUACACCAGCUGGGGAUCUGGCCCUCUGUGACUUGCAGAAGUCCCCUGACCCCAAAGCUGUCUGAAGUUCAGUGGGUUCAGCUUUCAGGGCUUGGUGAGGAUAUUCCCUUCUGCUUUGUGUUUUGGAGUCUAGUAAAUUCCAUCUCAAGGAAACACUUGAUGAAAGGGGGUGAAUUUCACCUCGUUUCAGAAACUUGCCACAAUGUUCUUUUCUUUUUUAAACACACUGGUCAUCCCAGACUCAUUCAAAAUGUUUCUGAACCUUAAUGCUUUUAAACCAAAACUCGAAACCAGGCAAGAUGUGUGUAUCAUGUGGUUUCCGGGAGACCUUUGUACUCAGUCAUAUUUUCCAGUCUCUAUAAGGUCCAGGGGGGGCCAUUUAAAAGUUCAACACUUCCUGCUCCAGCUUCUUGCCAGAGCCACAAAAUCUUCCUAUGAUGUAGCACAAGAGUCGCAGAUGUCAGGCUGCCCUGCUGUGUAUUUGUACUGCAUUCUCUUCUUAAUGCCUUCUCUGCAAUGUACUGAGCCUCUCACACGGCUCUGAGCACUAGGCUGUUCAUUCCUAUUCAAAUCAAUGGGAGUUACAUGCACAAAUGAGUUAAGGAUGUACCCCAAUGAGAAUGGGCCCUCCCUUGUAGAUGUGGGUGAAAAAAGCAUUCGGGAGCCUGUUAUAUUUUCCUGUAGCUAUUCAAACAAAUAAGCAAUUCAGGAGUUGAAAGAAACGGUGGGAGGAAUUAUUUGCACAAUAUCAGAAAUAAGCAGCUCAUAACAUAAUUACCCACUGAGCCUGCCAAGUAAUAACGCAGCUUCCUUGGCAUGAAGCAUUGACGUCUUUCCCAGUAUGGAAGAGCCAGUUACUGUGAGGCACUGAACGCCUAUUGAUUUGAAUGGGAAUUAUAGGUGUCCAGCACAUUGAGAGGACAUUUGGAAUUUUGCAGGGCAGGGCUUUGAAAAGGCACCGAAUAAUAUUGAUGAGGAAUCAUUAUUCAUUCAUCUCUCAUUCAAUAAUAACUCCUACAUUUGGCAGUGUUUGAUCUCCCCCCAUGGCUUUCAUUUAUGCAUCCCUAAGACACUUGUUAGCUUCUGAGAACCCACGUGUCACCAUUGGGUCCUUACAAAUUGUCUUGGAGACUUUGCAAAACUAGAAUUUACAGGGUCGCUUCACAUAGGUCUGGCAGCGUAAAGCAGCCUUGAGGUGAGUGUAAAUGUAAUUUGCACCCACACUGAGGCUCCUUUACACAGCCAGAGUGGUAUAAAGCAGUCCUAGUGGAAAUGAGAAUCGAGACCAAAGUAAACAAGCAGUAAAAACAGCUACCUAGGAACACCAUUUUUUGUUCAAUAAACUCCCAAUCAAACCAUCAUCGCACCUUGGGGGCAAGUUCACAAAGGUAUUUAGGCACCGAAAGAUGCAGAUUGGCACCUAGUUGGAGUUACAAAAAUGCCUAAGUGAGUUAGAUGCUUAACUCCCAUUGACUUUAGGUACCUAAUCAGCUCAGGCACUUCUGUAAAAUCUAAUAGGGGCCUAUCUGCAUAUUUAGGCACCUAAAUCUGGCCUUUGGUGUCCGACCACCGGAGAUCAGAUUCCAACUGUCCUCACAACAAACUUGCUCACAAACAAUCUAGAAGCCAUGAAUUAUUUGCCCAAAUGAAGUCAUUCUGAAUGAUGAAUUCAAGAAAAUUUGCAGACUAUUCACAGAGGCAAAAUUGUCCAACUUAAAUUUUUACUCUGCUCGACUCUGAAUGCAUUAAAAUCGUUGUUUAAGAUUACUGAACUCACAGUUGUUAACACAGUACAAAGUGCCCAAUCCCAUUGAGGCAAGAUCCUUGCUACCGAUCUCAAAGGGAUCAAAGUGAAACCUGUAAAAGGAAGGCGGGGGGAGGAGGGGGAGGGAGGGAAGGGGAAUGUGCUUGUUUGCAGAUCAAAUUGCUGGUAUCAGUUCAGAUAAUGCCAGUGUGUUUCAAAGAUUUCACAAAAGUGGAGAGGCAUGAACCAUCUUGAGAAGCUGGCAUUUUCUUUCCUCUAUAACAAUCAAGAGCACUUUGGGCCCUCUACGGGUGCCUGUCAUUUUCCACUCAACUGCCAUUGCCUCAAAUAAGUGUUUUGUGUGAGUUUACAGGUGCUGAAAGAAUACAGUGUGUUCACAGCAAAUUUGCAAGGUGGCAGUUGACCUACUAGGGGUGAUCCCGAGGAGUGUAGAUUCUGCUUCACUCCUCAUCUUAAAACAGUUUGCAGAUUUUCUUAAGCAGCUAGGCAAGAGGCAAAACAUAGGCCUACCAAUGUGCUUGUUUCCUCUAUAUGAUAUGUCGGGAACAUGAGUUGUGUACAGGUUUGUGACGUAAGCAGGGGAGAAGCAAUUUGCAGUGGCAUGUGGUCCAAAUCCCUGUAGGAACAGGGGAACCUUCCAAAAGAUUUCCAAAAACAAUCACAUAUUCCAAACCUGAGAUGUUACGGAUGGCAUACAAAUAGGUCACUUCUGGAUGGAAGUCAAAUUUUCAAAACAAGGAAUAGAGUAAACCAAGAAAAGGGCUAAUUCGUGAACACUUCCUGUAACGUAAUCAUUACUCACUUGAUAAUCCCAGUAAAAUUAACGGGACUAAAGGACUGCAGGAUCAAGCGAUUAAUGGCUGUCCUCAUUACUAGGAUCACUGAUCAUAAUGGGGAGCCAAAGUUCUCCAGAUAAAUGACCAAACAGCCAACCAUGCACCCAGUGAAACUUAAAGGGAUCUUCAUUAGGCUGCUGCUGAGAUUCCCUUUCUUGCCUCUAAUUUGCACCACCCAAUACCAUUGCUUUUCAACCUUCAGGCCUCUGAGCGGUAGUCCUUUAGAUUGAUCACUGUCACAACGUUUUGGGCACCCAUCUAACCCUCCCAGGGGGCUGCCUACCAGCCUGCCAAUGGUGAUAGAAUGUUGCUGCAGAUUAAGGACAGGCCUCUUAUUACCAGCUGAGUUUAGGUAGAAAUUCUGUUAACCUAGCAGCGUUAGGGCUCAUAUCCUCUGAGGACCAGCUGUGUGAGGCCCCGUUGACCCCAAUUGAGCAAGCUUCAUAUUCUCUCCAGUAGAGGAUAGUGGUACAAAUACACACUAUCCUGUAUGUUAUAGCACAAUUGGGAUACUCUCUGGGAAUACGACUUGUUUUGGGAAAGGGUGAUCUAGAGUCCGUGACAUAAUUACUGCUGCUAUUUAGCGCUUCAAGCAUACUAUUUAGUAGUGGUAUAAUUGCUAAUCUUGUUGACAUUAAUUCAUUUCUCUUUCCACCUAUAAAGAUGCUACCUAUAAAUAGAGGUUGACAGUACACUUGAGCUGUCCAGCAUGAGAGCUAAAUUAAAUUAUAAGAAGGGCAGUGCUGAGGUUUUUCCAAUUCACCAAAGCUUCAUUGUAUUCUGCAGGUCAGUAAAUGACACUUCAUAGCUUUCUUUGCACUGAGGGACUGAGGCAACGAGUUUAGUUGAUUGGACUAAUUAAACACAGCCAUUUGUUCAGUUCUCCCAUAUGAAUGUUUUAUAAGAAAACUGGAGAAUAUCUUAAAUAGUUUUAAUUAGAGAUGGGAUCAGAUCAAAACCCUGGAUCUGAACCUCUCUGACUUUCAAAUGGUAUAUAGGCCUGGACCCCAAAUUUGUGAGACUAGCCUAUUUGUCGUUAAACCACCCUUUAGAACUGAACUGAACCUUUCCAAAGAUUUUGAAAUAAAGUCCAGGAUUUGAAACCAGCAAGUGUUGAAAUACACCAUGAAAACAUUUAUUCUCAUGGUAUUUCAAGCCAAGAUGAGAAGCAGAAGAGAUGGAAAUCUCACAAGAAAGCCCUGCUCUUGCGAGGUUCCCAGCCAAGUUUUGCAAUCUCAUGGGGUUCAAAUAUUUUGGAUACCAAACCUGAACUCUAAAACAUUUGAAAAGUGCCCAUCAGAGUUUCUUAACAUGAACAUUACUGGCUAGAGCUUGAAAUCUUCAGAAGUUGGACGCACAGUCAAAGCCUACGUGACAUCAAGUUACUGACCAAUAACAUCAGAUGGACAAACUGUUUUCGUCACUCAUCUCCUCACGUCUUCUGGACUGCACGGUUUACACUGUUGCUUUUUCAGAAAUGUAUAUUUUUAUAUGCUGUAAAACAGGGGAUUAUUGUACAGCUAUAAAUAGGCUGGAGCAAAUGGGACAAUAAUUUCAGAGUAAUCCUAAAAUAAUGUUAUAUUAAAAACCUGAGAUGUUAUUCAAAAGAUGGCACCAUGUUCAGGUGGUAUAAAAACAGACAGGCAGUCAGGGUCAUCUCUGGCUCAGAAUGCUCCUAGAUGUGAAAGUCAAAGGCCAGAAUGAUUAAGCGUUUAACCCCAAAAGUUCCUCUUCAGCCUUGUUGAGAUACUGAGAAUUGCCUCCCAUGUAAACAAUGGCUAUUUUACUGUUGGGACAUGAUCACUCAUAGUCCAGUCUCUCAAUGCACUACAUCCCAAGAGUAAACUAGAAGAGGACCUUCUGGGACAAAACCCCAAAUCCGGAAUGGCAGGAGGUCAUUAGAAACUGAUGUGGCGGGGGGGAUGGUAUCUCUCCACCAGAGCUGCUACUCCCUGCCAGUCUGCUUGUCGAGCUCAGAAUCUGAACUUAGAUUCUCUGCACAGCAGUGUAACCAGAUAGUUACUAGUCUGCUUGGCCUGAUUUAAACACCUCCCAUGGAGAGGGAGAGGCUGAGGGAACUGGGCUUGUUUCGUCUGCAGAAGAGAAGAGUGAGGGGAGAUUUGAUCGCAGCCUUCAACUACCUGAA